GUCAGCUCUCAAGAUGUUAAGCAAACAACUACUGCAAAGCCAGAAGAAAAUGGUCAGGUCACAACUGCAGGCACUACCAAGAUGCAAGAUACCACCACUACAAGUAAUUCAGAAAACAAACCAUCUGCCUCUGCGACACCACCUGCUGCAGAUCAAGUGCCCAAUACCACAAACAACCCAGGAAACCCAUCACCUGCCCCUGUGGUAUCGCCUGCCACUCCUCAAGAGACCACCCCUACAAGCAGUCUAGGAAAGCCAUCAUCCACCCCCGCGACAUCACCUGCUGCAGAUCAAGGGAAAGCCACCACAGCCAACCUGGGAAACCCAUCACCUGCCCCCACGCCAUCACCCCACCAGCCUCAGCAGACCAGCACCAUGACCACCUCGGGAGCUUCAGCAGCUGUCUCUGCUGCAACCUCCAGUGUGGCCCAGCAGAAGACUGUCCCUCCAGCCAGCUCGGGAAGCUCAGCAGCCACCACUGCUGUGACUCCCGUCCCCACUCACACGAGUGGUUCUCCAACCACCCCAGGGGGUUUAGCAACUGCUGUCAGAACCGAUCCCAGCGUGGGAGCUCAGGGAAGGCAGCCUGUGAGCCAAUUGACCAGCGCUGCUGCAACCACCGGAGUCCCAACGAGCAGCCAUGCCCCUGGGCUCAAGAACCAUAGUGUCUCUUCUCCCACAUCUGUCACCAAGCAGCCUCAAUCUUCUCCCGGUUCUCCAGACCAGGGACUGACAUCUUCCACCACUCCUGGAAGCAUGAAAACUUCUGUUACCCCUUUUGAUGGAUCCGUCUCUCCCACUGCUAGUAAUGCAUCUGCAUCUUCAUCACCUGGCAGCAUUCACAAGGUCUCAGAGGCAACCACGCCGACUCUUGAAGCAGACCAGAGAAGACCUGCAUUUGUGCCAACCAAACCUACAAGUACUGACCCUGCCAGGGCGCAGCCAUCAGCCCAAGCCCCAGGGGACCAGACGGCGAGCAGCUGUCCUGGCCACCAGCACCCAACGCGGUGGACUUCUUCCCAAAACGAGGUCAUCUGUGAAGACCAGGUGCAAAAUAAUUGGCCCAUGAUUUACCUGAAAGAAGCUAAAAGUUGUGCCGAGUGGAGGACCGCCAGCAUGAACAUCUCCUUCUUUGAGAGCUUCUGCUCGACGGGCCAGCACGCUUUCAACGCCAGCAGGGAUACGUGCACGGUGAUGCUGACCUCCCAUGAGCCCUACUCCCAGCAGUGGGCCAUGCGGGCGAUGGUGCACUUCCCUUUGGACCCUGAAAACGUCUUCAAGGAGCUGAAGGAGAAGGACAAGUUAGAGGAGCUGGGCAUCGCCAACACCACCUACGACAAACUGGAGAGGGAGAUGGUAAUCAACGAUGAGUUCAGCACGCCCCUGAUCAUCACCAUUGUCACCCUGGCCGGCUCCCUGCUGCUGAUCGCGGCCAUCUACGGCUGCUGCCACCAGCGCUUCUCCCAAAAGAAGGACCAGCACAUCCACCCUGAUGUCCCCGGGUUUGAUGAUGGACAUGUGGCCCUGAUCUUUAAUCAGCGCCUGACCGAGGAGCUGCAGACGAUGGAGAACGGCUACCACGACAACCCCACGCUGGAGGUGAUGGAGACCUCCUCCGAAAUGCAGGAGAAGAAGGUGAACCUCAACGGCGAGCUGGGGGACAGCUGGAUCGUUCCUCUCGACACCCUCAUGAAGGAGGACCUGGAGGAAGAGGAGGACACGCAUUUAUAGGGUGCUGAACUCGAUCAAGCGAAAAACGACCACCACGCCCCGCCUAAAAAAACCCAUAAUCCCUACACACACGCACACACAACUCCAAAACAAGGCAAAAACUCCCAACAAACCCCAGAAAAUCCCUUAAUGAACUAAGCAUGGCCCCUCGUGCCACCACACGGGGUGCAGGAUGGAAGAAGGGACACGAGAGGACACCUCCAGGGCGCGUCGUCAACACAAGCCACCAUGGUGGCCGCAUCUGGAUGAGCAUCCUCCACCACCCUUGGGUGCUCAGCAGGACCUACCACGCCAAGCCUGACCAGCUGUGGGUGAAAGGGCUGGGCUUUGCUCCCAAAGAGGUGUCUCCUCCAAGCGUGUCCCCUCCCCGUCCCACUUUGACCACACCAACCACAGCCUCCAGCUAUCAAGCAACGAAAAAAAAAAAGAAAAA